CGCUUCGCUCGGUGAGCGAGGCGCUGGCGCAAGUAGUGCGGGGAGGGUGUGUUUGUCAGGUACCAUCGCAAACUUUCACCUUUCCAGCAGAACCAGAAAUACGAACAGGAACAGGAACAUCAAUCGAUGUCUAUGGCAGCGAACAUGGCAGACUACCCUCCCGAGCUGUCUGCUGAAGAGCAGAACUUCAUCUUUGCAGAGCUUAAAGACUGGUCGAUAGCUCACGGUCUUGCGGUUCGCCCGGCUCCAUCCUUUAUCCAGCAAUCUCAGGACCCUUCCAGUGUUCUCGCAACAACAGCACCUGUCACAAUAUUUCCCAGUUUGUUCCCACGACGAUGCUUCGAGGAUGGUCUGUCGAUACAGAAGGCUUACAACGAGUUGUACUCCGCCAUCGCGAGGGAUGAGGAAUGGUUGCAAGGCAUCGUGGAGGAGCUGGUUGAUGUCGACGACUUUGUUGCAAAGCUAUGGCAAACACACCUCGCUGUGAAGAAGGAAGGCUAUGUCCAGGACAUUUCGCUUGGUCUUUUCCGUUCGGAUUACAUGGUCCAUGAGGAUCCAUCUCAGACCGACCCAUUACCUGGGCUGAAGCAAGUCGAGUUCAACACUAUCGCAUCUUCAUUUGGCGGUCUGUCCUCCCAAGUCUCUGCAUUACACAGGUACCUCUUUGCUCUCGGUGCUUAUCCGUCAUCAACAUCCUCCCUCGUCAAGGCCGAUGCUCUAAGACAGAGUCAGUCAGCAUCUCGAUUGGCAAACGGACUUGCUGCUGGCCACAGGGCGUAUGGCGAAUCCAAAAAAGGACUUCCACUGUGCGUCCUGUUCGUUGUACAGGAUCCAGAAAGGAAUGUUUUUGAUCAGAGGCAUCUGGAAUACGCACUACUCGAGGAGAAUGACGUACGGUCGUUCCGGGUACCUUUCGGAAAGGUAUUGGCGUACACCAAACUCGAUGGAGAUCGAAAUCUGAUAUACAACCCGCCUCACUCUCCUUCGACAUCGUACGAGGUCACCACAAUCUACUACCGAGCUGGGUACUCACCCGAUGACUAUGUGAAGGAGGAGGACUGGGAAGCACGUCUGCACCUCGAGAAGAGCAGGGCAAUCAAGUGUCCGAGCGUUCUGACUCAACUCGCUGGCUGCAAGAAGGUUCAGCAGGUGCUGGCAACACCGCAUUCGCCACACCUCAAGCGCUUCCUACCUGACGACGAAGUUGCCUCGCAGCUACUGAAGACAUUUGCUCCCAUCUAUCCGCUCGACAAGAGCGACGCUGGCCUGGAAGCAAAGAAGCUCGCUACUGAUUCUUCAUCAGCGGUUCGAUACGUUCUGAAACCUCAGCGCGAGGGCGGAGGCAACAACAUCUAUCGAAAGGCGAUCCCUCCGUUCCUUCAGAAGCUUCCUGAGACACAGUGGCCGGCAUACAUCUUGAUGGAGAUGAUCGAACCGCCACCUCUGAAGAACGUUAUCAUUCGUAACGGGGUAGUUGAAAGGGGAGGGGUCAUAUGCGAGCUAGGUGUUUACGGAGUGUGUCUUUGGCGAGGCGGGUCUCGACAAGGAGAAAAGGGCGAGAUCCUGGAGAAUUUUGAGGCAGGCUACCUUCUCCGCACAAAGGGAGACCAGAGUGAAGAAGGAGGCGUGGCUGCGGGGUUCGGAGCAGUCGAUAGCUGCUGCUUGGUCGGCUGAGACCAUUCUCGGUGGCAGAGCGGCUCAGUUGCAACUCCGAAAGUGCAGCACCGGAGCCAUUCGCAAAGUCAAUACCUACAAGUUACAAAGUUCAAAAUACGGUUAUCUUGGUGCGUGCUGUUGAGCGGCCGCGGUCAGUCCCGUCCCUUUCAUUAUUGCAGCAGCAAAAUCAUUUUCUCCCGGGAUCCAUUUGAACCUGCGCCGUACUUUGGUGUACGAAGUACCGGUAUGGACGUUGACAAACCCGUAUCCAUCGGUUCGUGUCUGGUACCAAAGGGAGCGGAUCGUUAGCGCAGUCUCUCCAGAUUGCGACUCCACAGCUAUGCGCCACCUGUAGCCAGGUGCACGCCCGCGCUAUCAGAGACGCGCUGAGCGUUUCCUAAAAGCUUUGUAUUUACCACUGUCACACACAGAUGAAUAUGAAGGCUACACUGUGUGACGUACGGGACUGCUCCAGAG